UAGCCUGUGCAAAGAACCGUAAUUGACCUGACGUCAUUCCGCAACCAGUCACAAGCAGGAUCUUCAGCCUUACCCAAUGAGAUCUAGCACGGUCAUGGCCCGCAGAGUUUGAUUUUGGUCAGGGCUGCGUAAGUAGCGAGUGAGCAAGCUGCAGGUGUGUGGGGCGCGGGAGGAGGGGGCCGCGCCUCCUGCGGAGUUGCCGGGGCUGAUCGCGGGGCCCCAAGGCCCAGCCCCGGUCGCUGGGGGCGUCGUUACUGCCUGGCUGACCCUGGUUGAUGUCUGAGCUUUCUUGGACCUAGGCGAGCGUGUAGGGGACUUUGUGGGCUGCAAAAUCCCCAGUCGGAGUUCCUUAACGGCGGCAGCUUGACCUUCCCGUGGUUGCCAGAGGCUCGGCUUCGGAGGGGGCUGAGCAAGGUGACCGUGCUGAGUUCGGGGAGCCCCCAAGGAAGCUUGCGGCAAAAGCGAGUGAAACGACCGGGCGCUUGUCUCGCCCGUUACCUAUUUGGGAAAGUAUCAAGAAACCAGUAAUGUUUCUUUGAAUUUGCCUCUGAUGCUUCAUCAAUGUCACUUAUACUGAAUAUUUUAAGAGAGAUGCUGGAAUACUUUGGUGUUCCCACUGGGCAGGCUUUGCAGAUUUGGGAAAAUAAAGACUAUGGAUCAGCUCGGAGUAUUGUUCGUAUUAUUGGGAAAAUUCUGCCUUUAGAACCUUGUGCAAGGCCUAAUUUUGAGUUGAUCCCACUCUUGAACUCUGGAGACUCUACUAGCUGUGGGUCUGUAGUUCCAUCUUUUGCUGAUAUUUUGUGUGUGGCAAAUGAUGAAGAAGCCAGUUAUCUCAGAUUUCGAAACAGUAUACAGAAAAAUGAAGAAGAGGACAAAAAUGCAGUUCUCAAUUCUUUGCAAUUAGUUUGGGAUCCAUUGUCACCUGCUGUAAGACAUAAUAAACCAAUGAAAAAUGAUCAGCCUGUAAGUGAAGCUGCAAUUAAAAAAAUUGCUGCCCUUGAAGAUGAGCUAACUUUUCUUCGCUCUCAGAUUGCUGCAAUUGUGGAAAUGCAGGAACUGAAAAACAGUACAAAUGCUGGCUUCCUUGACUUGAAUGAUGGGCCUAGUGGUUUGGGACAGUUGCCAUCAUCAGCAACUGCUCAGUCAAGUGUCGGGCCAGAUCUGCUAUCAGGUUCAGCUCUUCUCUGUCCUCCUCCUCCUCCACCCCUGCCGCCUCAGUUUUCUGCUCUGCAGCCUCAAUGUUCUCUUCUCGUACAACCAGUAUCUGACAAUUUCUGUGACUCAGAUAAUUCAGCAGCUGGCAUGAAAAAGCAGCACCCAGGUGCUAGUAAAACCAAUUAUAGCCGUCGUUCAAAACACAAGAAAAGUAAAGAUGUUCCAAACAUGAUGGAUGUUCUAAAGGAUAUGAAUAAGGUGAAGCUUCGUGCCAUUGAACGGUCACCUGGAGGUAGACCCAUUCAUAAGAGGAAAAGACAAAAUUCACAUUGGGAUCCAGUGUCUUUAAUAUCCCAUGCACUUAAGCAGAAAUUUUCAUUCCAAGAAGAUGAUUCCUUUGAGAAAGAAAAUAGGUCUUGUGAGACUUCUCCAUUUUCUAGUCCAGAAACCUCAAGAUUUGGAUCUCACAGUUCACAGUCGAAAGGAAAUGAGCUAAAGGAAGAACUGAUAAACACAAAAGGUGUUGAUCACAGAAGACAAAGAACUGAUAAACACAAAAGGUAGCUGUGUCUACACCUUCAAGGAAAGAUUGCAGAAAUAUGCCAGCCUGCCUUUCACUAUAGGUUAAAGGAGCACAUCUUCUGUUAAUGAAGUUAAAUGAAGUCUGUCCACUGGGAUAUCUUAGUGCUGGGGUCUAAAAGGUCUUGACUCUUAAGAAUAUCUGUCUGGUUUUGGAAGAUCCAGCAGCAACUGGCUACUGAUGAUAGGUGCAUGGAUUUUCUUUGGUGUGUGUAUGUUAAUGUUAUUAAAAGCUGAAUACAUACUUUGAAUGAUUUUCCUAAGAGGUAAAUAGUAAAUGGCUUAAUGUUUCUUAUUGAGACCAGUGGGGUUUUACUAUACAGUAACAGAAACCAUUUUAAUGGGUCAAUAAUUAAUGUAAACUAAAUAUUGUACUAGUCAGCAAGUGAUAGUAUAUUUGGGUUUUUAAAAAGAAUUUCUUAAAGCAGUUGUGAUUUUCUAAUUUAAGAGCCUUUGAAAUCUUUUAAAAGUUGGUAGUAAUCUGGUUUACUUGGCCUCCAGAAAUUUGGAGAUUUCAAAGAAUGUAAAAUUAAAAUUUUUUCAUUAGAAUAGUUAUAGUUUGAGUCACAUAGAUUGAACCUCCUAAAGAUUCUUCCUGAAGUGAUAAAGAAUUCAUCUUAGAAACUGAUUUUAAUUGUUAAAUAUUAGAAGUAUUUAAAGAAUCUUCUCCCCAAGUUUUCCCUAAUUUCUAUGCAAAUAUGUAAAACCUCGCAUUUUAUUUCCUUUGUCCCUUACCGUUGUAAACAAAUGUGGCUUUUGAACUUUGUUGUGUUUUAUAGCGAUUCUUUUUCAUGUUUUCUUCUUAUGACAUUCAUAAAGUUUCAACUUUGUUUUUUUGAAAGAGUUCUGUAGGUAGAGUUUCUUGGGUAAUGCAGAUAAAACACAUGAGUUUGGAAUAGGUAUUUUGUCCCUCUUUGCACACAAACUUAUGUGAGAUGGAAAUUUACAUUUCCUAACUGUGUAGCAGGCAGGGGCCUUCUGUUCCAUUUGAGUGGACCCAGCACCCACCCAUUUGGCCAGACUCUUCCCAUUUUGGAAAAGCCCAGUCUGCCUGCAGCUCUCUUGCUGCUGUGGUAGAGAACUGGUAGCCUGCCUCGCCUCCAUUUCCAAGCCCUUUUUCCCUGACUACCUUUUAAUCAGGAGUGGCCUUGUAGCAGCCACUUAUGACCAUGAGUAACAGGCUUCAGAUCAGAGAAGUGAACCCUGACAUUGCUGAGCUGUUGAACCAACCCCAGCAAGAGCUGCCUGCAGACUUCUUAUAUGAGAAAGAUAAACAAGAAAAAUAGGUCUUGUGGGUUUUGUGUUACUUGCAGCCCAAAGCAUUCACGACAGCAAGCAUAGCAGUGUAGCUUUGACACCUGCCUGUUAGUCCUUCUGUGUAGUUUUUAGGUACUUCCCAUCCUGUUAUCAGUAGUUUGUUCUUGCAGUCAUUCUGCCCCUCCUGUACAUUUUCCUUACCCUGCCUCUUCUCUUUCAUUGCCCUUGCAGUUGGAAUUUUUUUCCUCUGAAAUAACUGCUUUUAACCACCAAGGUAGUCUUGCAGUUUCAGUUUUAUAGUUUCCUUAUCCAAAAAUAAAUAAUAAACCAACCUCU